UGAUUAGAUUAUGAGAAAGUUGUUCUUCAAGUUUGCAUUUUUCUUCGUAAUUGGAAAAUGGUGGUCUAUUGGCUUGAUAAUAGGCUGGUUUACGACCAUAGAUUGGGGCCUGAAUGUAUGCAAAUCUUAGAGAAGUUAAGCUCUGUGAAUGCCUCCUAUUUGUUUGAUAAAAUGCCUGAACUAAUUCUUGAAAGCUGUUUGUGAGUUUCUCUCUCUCUCUUUGUAGUAAGAAUCAAAAGCUUGUCUUUCUAUUACUUGAUAAGUUGCAUUCUGAGGAUGGAAUUUCUCAAGUGACCAAAAGGGGGAAAAAUGAAUUAAUGUUAGCGGAGCUUAGCAUUUUUACAGAAUUUGAAGAUAUCACAAUGUUGGAUGGAUUCUUAAUUAGCAUUAAUGCUUAACUAACAGAAUAAGUUGAUCAACAUGCGUUGAAUUAAAUGGAGAAGAAUAUUGAUCAACUGCUUCAACUAUUGCAGUAAAAGAAAAUGAGGGUUUUGACGAGAAGUCUAGAGGUUUGGAGAUUGGGAGUUCUCAAUUACUUGGAGGCACUCAAGUUGCAGGAGAAGCUAGUCUCAGAUAGAAAGGGUGGAAAAAUUACUGAUACUCUGUUGUCAUUGCAGCAUCCACCUACAUAUACUCUUGGAAAAAGGCAAAUAGUUCACAAUCUAUUAGUUUCUGAGUCACAGCUCAAAUCCAUGGGGGCUGAACUGCAUUAUACGCAAAGAGGUGGUGAUAUUACGUACCAUGGUCCGCAUCAAGCUAUCUUGUACCCAAUCAUUUCACUCAGGGAUAUUGGAUUUGGGGCUCGAAAAUAUGUGGAGACACUUGAGUUGACAAUGAUUGAAUUAGCCUCUUUGCAUGGUGUGAAAGCUCGUGCGGGGGAAUCAGGGGAAACUGGGGUUUGGGUUGGGGAAAGAAAGAUUGGUGCUAUUGGCGUUCGUAUUUCAUCUGGGAUUACCUCACAUGGUUUAGCGUUUAAUAUUGAUCCUGAUUUAAGUUACUUUGAGCAUAUUGUGCCCUGUGGAAUCACAGAUAAAGAAGUUACAUCUUUGAAAAGAGAGGUUGAUUCUGAGCUUCCUGCUGAAGAGUUGAUUCAUGAGCAACUAAUUUCUUGUUUUGUAAGAUUAUUUGGCUAUAACAAUGUUAUUUGGAAAGAUAAUCCCUCAUUGUGCGACCAACAAAGCUGACAUGGAUGUAUGCAUUAUUCUGCAAUGACACGAUCCAUCUAAUUGUUUUUCUGAAAGUAAAUUCACAAUUUUGUGUUGAUAAGAGUAAGUUUGGCAGUGAUC